CUCGGCGCAAUGGAGACGAUCCGCGGCGUUUGACGUGAGGGAGAACGUCGAAAUUAUCUCGAAAAUACUCCCCCGACACGGCAAUGGCGGACGAGGAGCUACCAGCAGGAUGGGAGAAACGUCUCAGCAGAUCGACCGGUCAACAUUAUUAUUUAAAUAUUUAUACUAAGGAGAGUCAAUGGGAUAGGCCAGAUAAACCUGCGGAUCCAUCUGGUAAUGGCAAAGCGGAUGGUCCGGAAGAAGUACAAUGUUCUCAUCUACUUGUGAAACAUUCAGGCUCUCGACGGCCUUCUUCCUGGCGAGAAGAAAAUAUUACUAGGUCAAAAGAAGAUGCUCUUGAACUUGUUAAAUCUUAUAGAGAACAAAUCGCGUCCGGUAAAGCGACGUUUGCCGAACUCGCUUCCAAGUACAGCGAUUGUAGUUCGGCGAAGCGCGGCGGUGACCUCGGGCCCUUUAGUCGGGGCGCGAUGCAAAAGCCUUUCGAGCAAGCGGCGUUCACGCUGAAGGUAGGCGAGCUGUCUUCGCCUGUGCACACAGAUAGCGGAAUUCACAUCAUCCAGCGGACUGCAUAAGCCAGCAGAGCUCAAAAUAAAUUGCCGAAAACUUGUGAGAAAUUUCUCUCUCUCUUAUCUUUCUCUCUAUCUCUUUGUCUUUUAAUCUUAACAAUUAUAAAUUCAUACCAAUAGGUGUUCUCCCAACAUCAUGUGUUGAUUGUUGUGGUAUAUUUUAUUUAAAUUAGAUUUUGAACUUGACAUUUCAAAAUGAAGCAUUUUUUUAGGCUCGACUUUUUAAACUAGAUUUAAAUGUAAAAUUAUUCUUAUAUUUUUCUCUUCUUUUGUUGAUAAUUUUCUGCUUUGCAAUAGGAUAAUAGUAAAUUAACGGUGUAAUCAAAGAAACUUUGAGGCAUCAUUAAUAUUUUAAGUGUGAGAGUACAUACAUCACAAUCAUUGAUAUAGGAGCUGGGAUAUUAACAUUGACAACUAUUAACAUUAGGGGAAAUAUAAUAUUUGAAUAUGCUCUUUGGAGAAAUCCACUUAUCAUUAUCUUACCUCAGGAUGUAGGGAUUGUUUAAUGUUAAAUGUAUCUUCCAGCUUGAUGAAAGUUAAAACUUGGACUGCGCAAUUAAUUAUUGCCUAAUAACUUUGUAUGAUUAUUAUUGGUAUAACAAUGGAAAUUACAUGAAAUAUUAAAAAGUGUUAUGGCAGAUUACUUUUAGCAACAAAGCUAUUGUAUUGUAAUAUUGAUUAUAUAUUAUUGAUUGGCCAAUUCUUAAUCAUAUUUAUAGUGAAAUUUCACUUUUUUAUUGUAUCUUAUUUAUUUGCAAUUUAAACGUAUACUAAUGACAAUUGAGUCAAUUAUAAUUAAGUUUAACUAUAAAAUUACAUUGCAUUCAUUGAGAGAAAGCAAAUUUUAUCAAUCAAACAUUAAUAGUAAAUCUUAUCUUUGUGUAAAUUUUUAAAUACAUUGACAGUAUCCAAAAUGUACUCAUAGUAUCCUAAAUAUUUUAAUAAAAUGUUUCUCAUGUUUCAAUUUUAAAAUAAAAUAAAUAUGCUUUUUUUAUUUUUUUAUUAAUCUUCUAUUCCUAUGUAAUAUUUGACGCAUUUGCAGUAUGAUACGUACUUCAACAUUUCAAUAAGCAUUUCUAUUGCCCCAUGCUAUAACAGAAUCAUAAAUCUUGAUGUAUUUUCGAUAUUAAUACAGUAACACAUAAUGUUGGGAAAAGAAAUCACGGAAAAAAUAUGUAUAAAUCUCUAUUUCCGAAAAAUACCAUUUCCAAUUCGAAGAUGACACAAUAUAGACAAGUAAUAUAGGAUAAAAAAUCUAUUUCUUUCAAUAAAUCAACAAAUUGUGUGGAUAGAAAGUAAAUUAAAAAGAAAAUAUAUUGAGGUGUUCUGUACACAUAUUUCGAUGUCCUGAAAGAUAGAAAUUUUUGGAGAUGGUUAAUUUUGGAAGUAAAUAUAUAUAUAUACAACUUUUUACAACGUUAUGUUAUGAAACAAGGUUUAUGAUAUAUAAGACAAGCACAACUGGGGCAAUUCCAGAGAAUCAUUUUUAGCUAUGUUACAUAAAAUAUAUAAAUUAAUGUAUUAUACGUGAAUUUACCAUACUUACCAUUAGGAUUCCAUACACAAGAUGAUUUAUGCUUAAAUAUACAUGUAGCAGAGGGAUAAUGUAUAUGUUUUAAGCUCUACAACAAAAUUUUAAAUGUAACUUUAAGAGAUUUGUUGGUAACUUUACACAUCAAUACGAUAGCUAGAUUCAUUUGAAUGAUCUGUUUUGUCUCUCUCUUUUAUUUUUCUUCUGAUUUAUAGUAAGAUUUUCGUGUAGAUAAAAUUGAAUAUUUCUAAGUACAUGUGGUACAUGGAAUAUUAAAAGAUCGAUAUAUAUUCAGUAUUUUAUAAAUUACUCGAACGUGACAAAACAUCAUUCUUUUGAAAUUAGUUAGCGAAAAUUUAAAGUUGGUCUGAUUCCUUGAGUGUUAAUGCAGAAUAUCAUAGAAGUAUACAAAAUGCGAAAAGAUUAAAAAGACUUGUAAAACCAUACGCAAUAUUAUCAUACAAACGUGCGCAGCUACUUUAAUGACUCACGACUAGUUAUCUUCGGUCAAAUCGUUUACUUGUAGGAAAUAAAUGUUACCGUUGAUGUUAAUUAAACUAUCAUUUAAUCAAAGCACAUAUGAUGUUGAAGGAAUUUAACAGUUUGUAAUCUUCGGAUAUAUGGAUAAUUACAUACAUUAAUUACUAUUAUUAAUCAUUAAUUACUAACUAAUUAUAUGAUUUUAUUGUAUGAAUUGUAAUUUAGGUGAUGAGAAAAAAGCAGUCUCUCCAAAAAUACUAUUUAAAGAUACGUCGUACAUUUCAUCGAUCACUAUGUAUUUGUCAGUUUGCUUCUAUCGAUGAGAACGAAAUACAUUAAAUAACAUUGCAAAAU